GAUAUCCCUGUAGGCCAAUUCGUACGGGAGCCCUAACGCGCACACUCCGUAUUGCCCACUUGGCCCGCUUGCUUCCCGCCAGUGCCGCCACUAUAUCAUAGCUUGGCUUAGUUAAGACGUUAAAGACGGACUUUAUAUGCAUCAUUGCCGAUGUCUCACUUAGAUGCUUCUGGGUCUUCACCAGAGACAGGUGAUAGCCAUGAGGCAUCACCGAAUGCGCCAACUUUGGAGAAGUCUGCUGGACAUCAUAAAGUAGCCAAACGCGAACGUGUUGCUUUAGCAUGUCAGAGGUGUAAGACAAGAAAGCAAAAGUGUGAUGGCCAAAGACCCGCUUGCGGUUCAUGUGCCCGUCUGUCAUUGAAAUGCGGUAUGUCACUCGUAUCGUUGGCGAGCCUACCUUUAUGUGUCUGAUAACAUAUCGCCAUGUAGUCUACAUCGUUCCCCUUGUUCCUGCUGCAGGGGAGAAGAAGAUAUAUAUCAGGGCUCUUGAAAAGCGAAUCGCCGAGCUAGAAUUAUAUCUUAAUUCAAUUGGACAUAACCCUAGAGGUGGCGUUGAUCAUCUAGGGCAUUUAAGACAGCCAACCUCAUCAGCACAUAUAGCUGGAGAGCCGACGAGUCAGUCUCGUCAGGUAACACGAUCGCAAGUCCAGCAAGAUAAGGAAGAAUGUUCAAACGAUAUUUUACUUGCCGUCAGGGACUUGUCACUUUCGGCAUCUGGACACUACAUUGGUGCAUCUUCAAAUAUUACCAUGGGGCGAGUACUAGGUUCAUUUGUACACAGUCAGAGAUCCUCGAUUUCCAGUCCCUAUGAAGAGUUCUCUAGUCAAAGCGACGAUGAUCCAGCACCAAAAUCUAUCUAUUCAACCAACGAAGGCGAUAUGAUAGGGGUCCCCUUUUUGAGUCCCCAGGUCGCUACAAGACUCUUACACGGAUGGUUCAGGCACAUAGCGACACGAUACCCUAUCAUACACUCAUCACAAGUGGUGAGGCUUCAUAAUAACCGAGAUGUCCUCACUGACGAAUAUGAACGAGCCAUAUUACAUCUUAUAUAUGCGGUAAGUGGGCGCUGGCUAGAGUCAGCUGGCGAAAUGGGGCAUUAUUUCAGCGACCAACAUUAUAAUCUAGCAUUUGAUGAGUUGGAUUCAAUGCUUCGUCUUCGGGAUUGCCGCACAAUUAACUAUUUAUUGCUCAUGGCCCUCUAUUGCACACGGGCUCCCAGGGAUCCAGGCGCCUGGACCUUCGUUGGGGAAGCCAUGAGGCUGUGUAUAGAACUCGGUUUACACCGACAACCACGGAGACCACAACUAAACAUGGAAGGCGAGAUGGAUAAAAGACUGUUCUGGACCGCAUACUUACUUGAUCGAGAUAUUUCGAUUGCUAUCGGACGACCUCCAUCUAUAUCAGACCGCGAUAUCGAUGUAGAACUACCCUAUGAUAUCAACGAAGACACGAUUGACGAUGAGGUCAUCCGCCUAGCAUCUACGCGUGUUAGCAAUAUUCCGGUUAAUCCUCCCAACACAUUAACAUCUUUUAUUCACCGGGUGCGACUGAAGCAAAUCGAGUCGGAAAUCCAGCACGACGUUUAUAGGGUUGAUCAACCUAAGGAGGUCUCCAAAACCAUUAUAAACUCGUUUAUUGAUCGACUGCACGCAUGGAAAGAUGCUAUUCCCCAUGAAGCGGCCCACUACGUUCAUCGGCACGACAAUGCUUUUGAGGGCAUCGAGCUAUAUACGCUUCAUUACUAUCGCUGCGUUCGCUUCUUGCUAUACCCACAACUUGCCGAGACUCCUGUAAACAUGCAUUACCUGAAUAUAUGUGCUGACGCUUGUAUUGGUAUUAUUUCCGAUUAUCGAAAACUACACCAUCUAUUCCCAAUAGGUUUCUCGGCACUGUCGAUACAAUCUGUAUUCCUAGCAGGCCUUACUCUGAUAUACUGCGCAUGGCUAACUCCUCAAAACUCCAUCAGCAUAGACGGGCCGCUAACGGAUUGUCAAAUUCUCUUAUACAUUGUGGCUGAGCGCUAUCCAUCGGCUAGAAAGUAUCGUGAUGUAUUUGAGCGCGUAAAGUCGGCGAUCUUGAACAUAAUAGCGCAGGGCAAGCAUCAGCCGCGCAACCCCGUUCACAUCGACCCCAACGUCCAAGAAGGACUUGCAAGCAUUGACGGUCAAUGGGCAUCACGGGUAGGAGCCGACUUCUCGUACAUGGUUAACACGAUGUCGGGCAAUGCAACAGCGCCGCCUUCGUUUGGCAUAGACGGAGAUCCAGCGACAACAACCCUAGUUGGGACCCAUUCAGAACAAUCACCGCCGCGCAUGAGCCAAUACCAACCCACCUGGACUGAGAUGCCUCCUCAUCUAACUAACAUAAAUGCACACGGUGGUAUUUACCGAUGACCAACCUACCAACUAAGUACCUAGAUUCGCGCCUUGUUGCGUAACUUGGUUCAUUUACGAAGGGCUGGAGUCAGCGUAUGAUAUGGAUAGAUGAUACCUAGGUACCCAGGUAUGUAUGCUACAAGCAUCUAUUUAUUUAGGUAUCUAUCUACUCACCAUCUUCAGGGGCUGGAGUUGUACAACAGCAAAC